UUUAGAUCCAUAAAACCGCGCACACGCAGAAAACGGCCCACUUUCCGUUUCCCCAAUUCCCUCUUUGGAUACAUACAAUAAUUGCCAAUUCCUUUAAAUAUCAUUCAACGAUGAGGUCAAUUCAUUUCUAUCUGUACUCAAAAAGUUAAGGUAGAAGAAGAUUUGAGAGAAGAAAAACAAAAAGAAAGGGAAAAUGGGGAGGAUCGAUUAUUUGGCCAUGAAAACAGACCAGGAAGCUGCGGCGCUGCUGGAUGCGGAUUUCAACGAAUUGAAGCUCGCCGCUAAAAAGCUCAUCGGCCACGCCUCCGAGCUCGGCGGCCGCGCCGUCGGCACUUCCUUUCUCAGAUGGGUGGCCUCCUUUGCCGCCAUGGGAGAAGUCGGUAAAUGGAUUGCGUUUGUUGCGGUUGUGCUUAGGCUUUUCUUCCCAACACAUUUCCCAGACUGGCUGGAGAUGCCGGGGUCUUUGAUCCUUCUGCUUGUGGUUUCGCCCGAUUUUUUUGCCCACACGGUGAGAGAUCACUGGAUUGGGGUGGCAAUUUGUCUUGCAAUCGGUUGUUAUCUGCUGCAAGAGCAUAUCCGAGCUUCCGGAGGCUUCCGGAACUCUUUAACACAGAGCCAUGGCAUAUCCAACACGCUCGGCAUUAUUUUCUUGCUAGCUUUCCCCAUCUGGGCCUUGCUGACCCAUGUUAUCUGAUUCGUUAAGCUCGUUUUAUGUGGCUUUUUUUCGCCUGUUCAAAUUUCACUUUGUGAUGGUGGUUUUUGGGCAUUUAAUUUUUGUUCUCCUUUGUACACUUUCCAUUCAAAGGAGCUUGAGUUUGUAGUUCUGUGUGACUGUGUGUCAUUUGAAUUGUGUACAAUUUUUCAGUAAUGGUUUUGAUUUUUAAACUUGAACUUGAAGGAAUAAGGUGCAAUAUAUUUUACAAUCAUUAUCUCAUCC